AUGGAAGACUUCUGCGUGGUGUGCGCCGAUACGCUGGAGUGGGUGGCGUACGGAUCGUGCGGGCACCGCGACGUGUGCUCCACCUGCGUCGCCCGCCUCCGUUUCGUGAUGGACGAUAAGAAGUGCUGCAUCUGCAAGACCGUCUGCCCCUUCGUCUUCGUCACUAAGGCCAUGGGUGAAUACACUAGAGUGGUGACUGAUUUCUCAGUGUUCCCCAGUGGGGUAAAUGAGGGCAAAGCUGGGGAUUUCUGGUACCAUGAGGAUACACAGGCAUACUUUGACGACGCGGACUACUACCGGAUGAUACGGGCAAUGUGUCGACUUUCUUGUAGUGUUUGUGACAGUGCAGAAGAUCAGGUUGCCCUUGCUGCUCAAGCAAAGCGCAGAAGCAAGUUCAGAAGCAUCGAUCAACUAAAGGGACAUUUAUUCCAUCAACAUAGGUUGCACAUGUGCAAUCUUUGCUUGGAGGGGAGGAAGGUGUUCAUUUGUGAACAAAAGCUUUAUUCAAGGUCACAGUUAGCUCAACAUAUGAAGACUGGUGACUCUGAAGUGGAUGGCUCUGAGGUAGAGCGCAACGGUUUUGCUGGGCAUCCAAUGUGUGAGUUUUGCAAAAGUUCAUUUUAUGGAGAUAAUGAGCUUUACAUGCAUAUGUCCAGGGAACACUAUUCUUGCCACAUAUGCCAGAGGCAGCAUCCUGGGCAGUAUGACUAUUUUCGGAACUAUGAUGACCUUGAGAUGCAUUUUCGAAAAGAUCAUUUCCUCUGUGAAGAUGAAGCAUGUUUGGCACAGAAGUUUGUUGUCUUCCCGAGUGAAGUGGAGCUGAAGAGGCAUAAUGCUAUGGAGCACGGUGGGCGGAUGUCUCGUUCUCAGAGGAAUGCUGCACUUCAGAUACCUACCAGUUUUAUAUAUCGAAGAAAUGAGCAAGAACAACGGCGUGGCAGAGGUAGGGGGCGUAAUGCUCUCCAUGAUGGAUCUGACAGUCAUAUCUCAUCAUCUGCACAAAACGGCGCCGAUGGCCACUCAGGCCGUCUUGAUAAUGUUUCAGGGUCGUUUCAGUCAUUAAGUAUUGGAUCUAAUUCUGGGGGAGCUGAAGUUGGCCAAGGCUCCAGGACUGGACGAGUGCUCGAACAGUUGUCCUUCCCACCUCUUUUAGACCCAGAUAUUCCUGACAACAGCGUUGAUUCUUUUCAUGAUGAAACCUCAUUUCCUUCAUUAUCAGAGCAGCAAUCCAGGUAUGCACUAGCUCUCAAUCAGAGUGCAAGGGGCGCUGCGAGGCUUGGGGAUGAGUCACUGUUCCCCCCUUUGCCUGGGUCUAGUAACAAUAGGGGUGCUGCUUCAGCCCAACAGGGACUACAAAGUCUAGCCAGGAGCACACUUGCAGCAAGACUUCAACAACGUAGCAAGGGCCCUGUGAAGGUACUUAAUACUGCUCGGCCUCGUCCCUCUGAAAAUCUUGAAGUCCUCUCUAGUUCCACCCAGACAUGGCCUACACCUGAUCAGGGGCUACUCUCUGGAUCUUCUCAGCUUCGAUCUGGAACUCAACCAACAAGAGAGAUUGGGUCCAUGCCAGCUGUCUCCAGUAACACAGUGUGGAAUCCUGUUGCUACAAACAAGAUGAAGCACUCUGUUUCUACGCCUAAUCUUGUGCCUGGUGGCUCCUCUGCCCAAGCAUCAUCAAGUUCAGCUUAUGGUAGCAACAGAAGUCAAGAUCCUCCUCAAGGUAACCAAACUUUGCCUGUUGCAGAGGAUGUCCGUGCUGCAAACAAAUCUCUGGUUGAAAGAAUGCGUUCAGCUCUGGGAAUGGAUGAGGACAGGUACUCUGCAUUCAAAGAGAUUGCUGGUGAAUACCGUCAAGGUAUAAUAGAUACUUCGGAGUAUCUUUCAUAUGUCGAGCAGUUUGGACUCUCACACCUUGUUCCUGAAAUGGCUAGGCUAUUACCUGAUCCUCAAAAACAGAGGGAACUUGCUGAUGCAUAUUAUACAAAUACACGGUUUAAAAGCCUCCAAGAAAAUGGAGGUGGAACUAGCUCACAAGAGGGCAACCGUAAAAAGAAGGGGAAGGGGAAAGCUCCUGUCACAGAAAGAAGUGCUGCUAAUGAUGUGAAGGGUGGUGCACUAGCAGAUAACAUUCUGGACACUGUAAGAAGUCUUCAAUCAAACCACCAGGCUCAGGAAGGAGAGGCUGAGGUGCUGUCGAAGGAUGGGUAUCGACCGUCCAAGGGGGUCCAACUGGCAGCUGGACCUUCAUCUAAUCUGGACAGUUCAUCUGGUGCCAAAGAUAACACAGGCAAGGGAGGAGGCAAUAAGCAACCAAAGAAGACAUCAAAGUUUCUCAGAGCUCGUUUAGGUGACAACUCAUUAGCCACGCUUGAUUUAAGUCGCCCUAGUGCAAGCCCUGAACGUCCUGAUAGGGAAUCACAAGGCCCAGAGACGGGGUUGCCGGUGCGAGGUGCUUGGAAGAAUGGUGAAGGUCAGAAACUCUUUUUGAGCAAUGGACGGAAGUAA